CUCCUUCCGCCGGCCUCCCGUUUCCCAGAAUCCAAGAUGGCGGGAUCCAGGCAAAGGGGUCCCCGGGCCGGAGCUCGGCCGGUGUUCUGCGCUUUGCUGCUGUCGCUCUGUCGUUUCGUCGGGGGCGACGGUGUGGGAGGCCACCCGGCAGCUGACGGCGCCACGGGCACCCUAGGCGCGCAGCCACAUCGGCGUUUCGAGUACAAAUACAGCUUCAAGGGGCCGCACCUGGUGCAGAGCGACGGGACCGUGCCCUUCUGGGCCCACGCGGGGAAUGCUAUUCCAAGUUCAGAUCAAAUUCGAAUAGCACCAUCUUUAAAAAGCCAAAGAGGAUCGGUGUGGACAAAGACAAAAGCAGCCUUUGAGAACUGGGAAGUUGAGGUGACAUUUCGAGUGACUGGAAGAGGUCGAAUUGGAGCUGAUGGCCUGGCAAUUUGGUAUACAGAAAAUCAAGGCUUGGAGGGUCCUGUGUUUGGAUCAGCUGAUAUGUGGAAUGGUGUUGGAAUAUUUUUUGAUUCUUUUGACAAUGAUGGAAAGAAAAAUAAUCCUGCAAUAGUGAUUAUAGGCAACAAUGGACAAAUCCAAUAUGACCAUCAAAAUGAUGGUGCUAAUCAAGCUUUAGCAAGUUGCCAAAGGGACUUUCGUAAUAAACCCUAUCCUGUCCGGGCAAAGAUUACGUAUUACCAGAAAACAUUGACAGUAAUGAUCAAUAAUGGCUUCACACCAGAUAAAAAUGAUUAUGAAUUUUGCACCAAAGUAGAAAAUAUGAUUAUCCCUGCACAGGGGCAUUUUGGAAUAUCUGCUGCAACUGGAGGUCUUGCAGAUGAUCAUGAUGUCCUUUCUUUUCUGACUUUCCAAUUGACUGAGCCUGGGAAAGAGCCACCUACACCAGAUAAAGAUAUUUCUGAAAAAGAAAAAGAAAAGUACCAGGAGGAAUUUGAGCACUUUCAACAGGAGUUGGAUAAAAAAAAGGAGGAAUUCCAGAAGGAGCACCCUGACCUUCAAGGGCAGCCUGCGGAUGAAUUAUUUGAGAGUGUAGGAGACCGUGAGCUGAGACAAAUCUUUGAAGGACAGAAUCGUAUUCAUCUUGAAAUCAAGCAGCUGAACCGACAGUUAGAUAUGAUUCUUGAUGAGCAGAGAAGGUAUGUCUCUUCCUUGACGGAGGAGAUCUCUAAAAGAGGAGCAGGAGUCCCAGGGCAGCAUGGACAGACCACUCAACAAGAACUGGAUACUGUUGUGAACACUCAGCAUGAGAUUCUGAGACAAGUAAAUGAAAUGAAGAAUUCCGUGAGUGAAACUGUCAGACUGGUCAGUGGCAUACAGCAUCCUGGGUCUGCAGGGGGCGUUUAUGAGACAAGCCAGCACUUCAGCGACAUCAAAGAGCACCUCCACAUAGUGAAGCGGGACAUAGAUAACUUAGUGCAGCGAAAUUUGCCAUCAAAUGAAAGACUGAAAUGCCCAGAACUACCGCCAUUUCCAUCGUGUUUAUCUACGGUGCACUUUGUUAUAUUUGUAGUGGUACAAACGGUGUUAUUCAUUGGUUAUAUCAUGUAUAGGACUCAGCAAGAAGCAGCUGCCAAAAAAUUCUUUUGACCACCAUUUUCAUAUGUGUACAUCAUGUAUGUAUGUACAAAAUGUCUUUUUGAGGGAAUUUAAGUAUUUAAAUUGCUUCGUAGUCUAAAUUAUUAAAUUUUGUAUAAAAUAACUGUUUAAACAUUGACUUGAAUAAGAAUAAACCUUAAAGACAACCAUAUGUAAAUUUGUGCAUAGUACAUAAAUCUAUUUAAAUUUCAGUGAAUUUCCGGCCAGUAGAAUACAGCCACUGAACAGAAUAUUGAUAAAUCAGAGGGUAAAUAACAGAAAGGGGGCACCCCCAUAUAUGAAAAUUACCCCUAAGUCUCUGAUGUUGGAGGUUUCUAUCUUUAGCGUAAACACCCUUGCCCUCUUGCCCCCCGCCAAAAUAUGAGGUCUGAGAGCUACCCAUCAUGUUUAUUUUGUAACCAAAGCCUUUUUUUAGAGGCCAGAAUUUCCUACUCGAAGACUCAGUCCUGCAGUCCUUGAGUCUAAUACAGCUCCCUUUGAAAUCAAAGAAUAUUUUGUCUGAGAGUGUUAGGAUCUGGAUAAUAGGCUUCAGAAUGUUUAUUGAAGUAUUUUUUCCCUUCUGAUUAUCAAUGAUAUAUUUCACUUUUAAAGGAAAUUGGAGGGGAGAAUUAAGAGCUGCUCUUUGCCUGAAAAACCAUUUAGGUGACAACAUUCCUCUGAUAAUGGUUUUUAUGGGUAUUUUACCUGGUGAUGUGUUCAUUUCAUGAUUGCUCAUAUUCUUGAAUGUCUGUGUUCCAACAGUGUCAGUUCAAUAUUAUGAAAAUUACUCUGCGUUUAUAUCUCUAAAUUCAACUCAGAUUGCAUGUCCUGAGUAUAUUUUAAGGUCAUAAAAACUACCACUGCAUUCUGAUUUACAUCACUCCAUGCAACCUGGCGUUUGUGCUGCUGCAUAUUUGUGGAAAUCAAGAAGGCAGUAGUAGAAGCAGUGUUAAAGUUUUGAAGGCAAAAUUUGAAAAAUAGUGUUAGUACUUCUGAUGUCUUUCUUUUGAUGCCAGAACUAAGGAUAUUGUGAAGCACUUGUUAGUAAGUUAACUUUGAAAUGUCAGGCUGGAAGGGGUUGUUGUACACAGUUCUAGGUAUAGUAGAAACAAUCUGUAAAUGACAUUUCAUUUUGUUUUCACGACUGAUGUAGACUUCAAAAUACUCUUUUACUUUACCUCUUCUGGCUAGCUAAAACGAUACCUUUCAUUUGUCACAGAAUCAAAAAUAGUACCGUUUUGUAAACAGCACUAUUUAAUUCUUCACAGCCUUCAUAAAUUUGCUCUUAGUUGUCAUUUACAGACUGGACUAACUGCCGAAAAUCCAUACAAAGGCUCUAAAGAACUCUGCAUUAUAGCAAUACCUAACUAGCACUACAUAUGCAAACGGUCCCAGCACGGCUUUUUUACAGUAGCGUUUAUCCUGGAACGCUGAACAAGAACAUUCUAAAGAUCACUCUCCUACCGACAGCCGCUCCAACACAGAACUGCUUUGCUAGCAUUUUUCCUUGUAGUGUUAGCAUUUUGAAAUUCAUAUUUCAGAGACAUCAUCAUCACAGAAUUUACUCUUAUUCCAUGAAAAAAAAAAAUUAAUACCUUCAGAAGAAUGUUUCAGUUGUAGACUAUGAGACUUGGAAAUCCUCUUGAGAUAAAAGGUUGCAAAAUAUCCAGUAUUAUAAAAUCCAUGGUCACGUGUGCCUGAACUUAAAGAAAUGUUAGACCUAUGCAGUAUACAUUUUCCAGGCUAAAAUUCAAGAGGAAUCAUUCUGAUCAUUCCUAACACAAGCGAAGACAGCUAGGACAGAAGAGUAUGAGCAUGAACCUUCUUUUCUUUCGUACUGAUUGAAUUUGCUGAAAAUCACUCAGUAAAUCGGUUCAUACAAGUUACCGUAUUAUUGGAAAUUUGGUUUAUUUUCCUCAAAAUCGUCAACUUUAAGUAGCUCAUUUCUGUAGAAAAAUGUUUGCUCUAUGGAAAAAUCAGUCACUGCCAGGAUUCUUUCAUUUCUGUACUAUUUUAUAUAAUUGAAUUUAACUUCUCUCACACCAGCAAGUAUUUUACAGGUGCCUUGGAUUAAAACAAAAUUGAUUUUACAAUUUUAGUGUAAGUCUUUGUGCUUAUGCCACUUUAAAAAAGAAAUGCAAUUAUAUUCAAUAUAAUGGUUAAUACUCUUAUUUAAUGUACCUCUUUGUGUUCUAAUUGUUUGAAUGUUUUAUUCAGUUGAAACUCUAUGAGGCCACAAUAUUUUGUUAUGUAUUAAAGGGAUAAUAGUGUUUCUCAGAGUGUGGUCUGUGGUCCAUCUGGAUCCUGGAGUGCUUGUUAAGAACACUGAUUCCAGGGCUCAGCUCCAGACCACCUGAAGCAGAACUCGGGUGGGGGCUUCAGAACAUCAGUCUUCAGCAGGCGCCUCAGGUGAUUCUGAGCACUGCUGUUGAGAAGCACUAAGAUGGGGGGUGAACAGAAUCAGUCUCUUGUUAACUUCAAAGCUAAGCUGAGAGCUGAUACAACGUUUUCAUUGUCAAUGACAUUAGCAAAUGUGCACUGAUUCUCUUAUACUUACAGUUUUUCACUUAAUGUUCUUUUUACUAAACCUCUUGGUUUAUUAGCAAUUACAAACUAAACCCAGAUUGCUGCUUGUAGCUCUUGGUACUUUGGUUGACAGCUCUUAAACGUACAAAAGCAUCUUCAGAUCGUGGUCAAGCCAUGAAAACCCCCAUCUUCAAGAUGGCCUGCUAAAGCUUUUUGCUUUCCUGAUUGUGAUUUUUGUGACAUUUUAUCUCAGACAGUUGUACUUUUUGAUAACUUGGGGAAAACAAAAAUUACUUGAAUAAGAGAUUGCCUGACCCGCUGCAUUGCAGAGAUACAAUCUUUGUAAAGAACAUAAGUGACAGUUGUGAAUAUUAAGAUGUGAUUAUCUUUUCCUGUCCAUGUGCUUAUUGCAGGGGGAUAGUGAACAAAUGGGUAUAUUGGGGAUUUUUUAAUUUAUAAGAUCUAAUGUAAAAUCACCACUUGCAACUUUUUAGAUCUGUAUGUUGCCUGUUUAAUAUAUUUCUUUAAGUUUAAAAGGGUUUUCUAUCCACUGUUAAUUUCAAUUGGAUAACAUUUUGUCAAGUGUUUUUUUCUGAUUGUUAAUUUGAUGCUAGCUGGAAUUCAAGAAAUGACAUUGACCUUAUUCAAAUAAAGAAAUAUUUUAGUAAA